AUGGCUAACGCCAAUGGAGUUACUUAUCCUAUGACAAGGGCUGACACUGAUAUUCACAUUAAGGAGAUUCUUGGUCGUGGUACUAAGCAAGGGGGGCUCUAUUAUAUUGAUGACUUCAGUCCCGACAUGGCUAACAGUACACCACAACAAAAUGGUGUUGUUGAACGAACACUUCUGAUUGGUGCUCAUGUUCCUCGUCAUCAUUGGGAUGAUGUUAUCGUCACCUCCGUUUACCUGAUCAACCAUAUGCCAUCUGGUGUCCAGAACUUUCGUACUCCAUUACAAGUGCUCGCACAAUACGGGCCUUGCCCUCUGUUUUGGUGCUCACACCCUAAAUAUUGGGAUGUGUGGUCUUUGUUCAUCUCCACCAAAAUCAACGUAGCAAGCUUGAUCCCUACGCCCUUCGUUGUAUUUUUGUGGGAUAUGCCACUCAUUAGAAAGGUUGUCGGGGGAGAUACGGAGAGUAGACUUGGAGCAACUUGGAAAAAGAAGAAAUUUGCAUAUGCACAGAAGGGAUCAAUCGUCCUACCUUUGAAGAUCGAUCGCCACGAGGGCCAAGAAAUGAUCAAUCAUCCAACACUAAUGAUCAAUCGCCCUGAGCCUGGAAAGCAAUGUUCUUUUCUGCUAGAAACCGAUCAAUCGUCCAUUCCCGAUGAUCGAUUGCCUAACCCUUGCGAAGCUAUUUCUGAUUUGAGCCCCACUCCUACAAACAACCCAAAGCAACAAGCUGAAGACCCCCUCUCACUCGAUAGUACCAGUGGACCAAUCUCCUGA